UUUAUCGAGUAAAAAAGAGUGGAAGAGUGGUACCGAAUAUCGAUAACCGGAAAUGACUGGCUUCUCUAUCACGUGAACAAUAUUCUGUUGUCAAGAUGGCCGUCGACUUGCAGAAGAAUCGUAGCGAACUUCUUAAAACAUGGCAAGACAUCUUUGAUGAGAAGUCUAGCACGAACUGGGCUGUCUUUGGCUACGAAGGGAAGACAAACACAUUGAAGGUUCAAGAGACUGGAGAGGAUGGUUUGGAAGAGUUAGUUGAAGAACUUAAUGACGGCAAGAUUUUGUACGCUGGGAUAAAAGUUAUUGACCCCAACACAAACCUGCCAAAGAUUGUCUUUAUAAACUGGCAAGGUGAAGGUGUUCCAUCAUCAAGAAAGGGAUCAUGCGCAAAUCAUGUCAGAGAUAUUGAAAAUCUUUUCAGGGGAGCCCAUGUUAUAAUUAAUGCAAGAAAUGAAGAUGACGUUGAUGAAUCUGUCAUUUUAGAGAAAGUGAAGAAAGCCUCAGGUGCUGCAUACAGUGCUCACAAAGAGAAGCCACAAAAAGCUGAGCCAAUCUUACCUGUGGGUUCUGUGUACAAAAGAACUAAUGUUACCAAAGAGAUUGAUGUCACAAAACGAGACAAGUUCUGGAGUGUAGAAGAGAAAAAAGAACAAGAAAGAGUUGAAGUUGAAAAGAAGAAGCAACUUCAAGCAAGAGAAGAAGCAGAAAGAAAACGAAAGGAACGAGAGGCCAAAGAGGCAGAAAGACGAGAAGUACAAUACAGAGAACGGUCCAAGAGCAUUGAAGAACAGAGGAAGCAUGCAAGGGAAUUAGAAGAGAAAAAGAAGGAAGAAGAAAGACAACGCUGGGAAAGUCAACAGGCUGAAGAUGAAUCACAAGAAAGAGAACAAAAGGCUCGUGCAGAUUCACUCAGAAAAGAAAGAAUGAAGGAAGCGGAGUCUUUAAUUGCCAAAGGAAAAGCAGAAAAACCAACAUUUGAGGAAAGAAAAGCUCCUCCCCCAGCACCACUGCCUAAAAAGAAGCCUCCUACAGCGUUACCCCAGAAAAGACCAGCAGCAGCACCGCCGCAGCCAAAGCCCAAACGAGAACCGGAACCGGAACCGGAGCCAGAACCGGAGCAAGAACGGGAACUGGAACCAGAACCAGAACCAGAACCAGUGCCAGUACAAGCACCAAUAAUUCCAGUUCCAAAACGCCAGCCAGACUCAGACGAGGAGCCUGAGGAAGAAGACUGGGGAGAGGAACCUACACAGCAAGAAAUUCCCCAUACUGCAGCCGAGCCUGAUGACGCAUAUGAAGAAGUCCCGGAACCUGUUACUCAAGCAAAUCAACGAAGAGCACCACCGGAACMGGAAGAAGAUGACAACUACGAGUCAGUUGAUAUCAGUGUUUCAGCUCCAUCACAACCCGAGGAACCAGAAGACCUUUAUGAAAAUGUAGCAGAGGCAAAGGCACCAGCGCCUGCAGGUGACACGGGUGUUUCAGCGAGAGCCCUAUACGACUAUCAAGCAGAAACUGAGGAAGAACUUACUUUCGACCCUGGUGACGUCAUUACGAAUAUCGAACAGAUUGACGAAGGGUGGUGGAGUGGGACUGGGCCUAAUGGUAGUUAUGGCAUGUUUCCCGCCAAUUAUGUGGAGUUGAUUGGUGAAGGAUCUCAGCCAGAAGCAACAGCACCAAUGCAACCAAGUGGUGAUGCGGGAGGCGUAAGUGCUCGUGCAUUGUACGACUACCAAGCUACUGAUGAUUCCGAGAUAACCUUUGACCCUGGUGACAUCAUCGUAGACAUAGAACAAAUCGAUGAAGGAUGGUGGAAGGGUACUGGCCCGGACGGUCGCAACGGAAUGUUUCCGGCAAACUAUGUCGAGCUUUUGUCUUAGAAUCAAGGCAUAGUAUUAACGAUUAAGACCUUGACAUAAUGACUUAAAUAUUGAGCGCGCAAUCCACUGGUAUUUUUGCUGUCUGGUUCAUCCACUUCAGUUUUAAAAAACUAUAUAUUUCAUUAAAAGACUGCAAGUAUAUUUUCGCGGUAACAAAAAGUUUAGAAAAAUGAAUAGAUUCAAAAGAACAGAUUCAAAGCGAGAAAAUUCGCUAGAGAAGGGAAAAACGAAUGCCUUAGUUGUUGAAUUUUCGUUAUGAUUCUUCUGGACAAAGAGUCUGUUUUGGGUCAACUUGCUCAAAGAUAGGAACAAAACAAAAAAACUUUGACGGGAAUUCUCAACUUU